CCGAAGAAAUUGUCAACAUGGCGGCGCACAGGCGGUGAAGGCGUAUUUGUUUAAAAUACAUCUUUUUUUCUAAAUUAUCWUCUGAUUUUAGUAAAGCACAGGCAUGAUAAGGGUCUUAGCUUCCUUGAGAYCCUAUAAUAAAGCAAGGAAACUGUCAUUUUCUGCAAUUCCACUUUUCAAGAAAGCAAGGAUGUUCAAUUCAGAUGCCUACAAGUUUGAAACAUUGGCAGUCUCACAACCUUCCCAGAAUGUAUUUCAAGUUGAGCUCAAUAGACCAGAAAAACGUAACGCCAUGAACCAAGUAUUUUGGAGAGAAAUGAGGGAAUGCUUCAGUAAAAUUUCUAGUGAUGCUGAUUGUAGAGCAGUAGUUCUUACUGGUGCUGGCAAGAUAUUUACUGCAGGGUUGGAUUUGAUGGAAAUGGCUGGUGUUUUGAUGCAAUCUACUGGAGGUGAUCAAGACAUCUCAAGAAAAGCAGCCAAAUUGCGUGAUGUUGUACUCCAGUAUCAGGAGUCAUUCACUGUUAUUGAUAAAUGUUCCAAACCUGUGAUUGCAGCCAUCCAUUCUGCUUGUGUGGGAGGUGGGGUGGAUAUGAUAUGUGCUUGUGAUAUUAGACUUUGCUCAGCAGAUGCGUGGUUCCAAGUUAAGGAAGUAGAACUUGGUUUGGCAGCAGAUGUUGGAACUCUUCAAAGAUUACCAAAGAUUAUAGGGAAUGAAAGCCUUGUCAGGGAACUCUGUUAUACAGCAAGACGAUUCCUGGCUCAUGAAGCUAAAGAUGCUGGACUUGUGAGCCAUAUCUACCCUGACAGAGAGAGCCUGGUAUCCGCAGCACUAAACAUGGCAAGCACCAUUGCUAAGAUGAGCCCAGUGGCUGUCAUGGGUACAAAACAUAAUCUGAACUAUUCAAGAGACCAUGGUGUAGACGAAGCACUGAACAACAUGGAACAUGUCUAUGCUUCAAAGUGAAGACAUUUUAAAGGCAGUUCAAGCAGGAAUGAGCAAGGAAGAACCUAUCUUUUCAAAACUCUAAUACUGUCAGGUUGUGUUAUUAAAAGUGACACACUUAAUAAUUCAAAAGAAGUACUAAUUACUAAUAGAUGUAGUAGUGUUGAUAAAAUAUAGUACAAAAGAAUUAACAUAAAAAAAUUAGAAUUCAGACUCUUUCGUACUUUAAGUUUCACUGUUUACAAAGUGUUGGCUCUAACAAUGCUCACAAGCUUUAUUACAAAAAAAUAUUGGAUGUCCUGGAGAAGUUGCAUAGUGAAUUGUUGAUCAGAUAUAAAAUCAAUUCUUAUGCAAAAAUUGAAUUUUCACAAGAUGUUAUAGUGACAAUGACAAAGAAUAAAAGCAAGCUUAAAGCAAACACCAUCUCAUUAAUGUAACAAUUUGAAUUUUAGAGUUAUUAGUCUGAGAAGUAAGGUUAUAUUGACUCGACUUUUUUGGUAAAACCAUCACACAUUACAGUUGGACACCCUCUGCACUUUUCAGAGUGGCCCUUUGAUAGAAGUUGAUUUGAGGGUGAAUUUUGAGAUUUUGUAACUUUUGUGGUUAUCUUUGGAGGAUUUCUUAGUGACUGCUUUAUAUACAUGUACCUCUGAACCUAUUGAUCAAGUACUAAUAAUUUCUUUAAUAAAAUGUACACUUUUAAU